GGUUAACCUGGGAAGCACGCAACCCUCGUAUUCAAAAACCACCACCAUGUCUGGACAGCAAAAGGACGUUUAUCUCGUUAUUGGAGGAAGUGGUUUUGUCGGCAGGAACAUUGUGGAACAACUCCUCGCCCGCGGUGACAUUGUUUCGGUGUUUGACAUCGUGCAGCGGCAUCAUGAUGUUCCGUUUUACUCGGGGGACAUCACGGAGGAGAGUCAGCUCAUUGAAGCCAUACAAAAAUCUGGGACGACUUGUAUAAUACAUACCGCUUCUCCUCAACACGGUGCCAAAGACAGCUCCAUCUAUUACAAAGUAAACGUCGACGGUACAAAAGCUGUCAUUGCUGCUGCUGUCGCUACAGGGGCUCGGAAACUUGUAUACACUAGCUCUGCUGGCGUUGUCUUCGAUGGAGGAGACUGUAUCAAUAUUGACGAGCGUGUACCUUAUCCAGAACAACCGUUCGACGAGUAUAACGAUUCCAAGGCGAAAGGGGAAGCUUUAAUCCUAGCUGCGAAUGGGAAAGGUGGUUUGCUUACAGUUGCACUCCGUCCAGCUGGCAUUUUUGGUCCUGGAGAUCGUCAAGUCAUGCAAGGUCUCUACCAGGCGUACCAACGUGGCCAGACGCACUUCCAAGUUGGAGACAACAACAAUCUCUUCGACUACACUUACGUCGGCAACGUCGCACUUGCUCAUCUCGUUGCCGCGGAUAAACUUGUUCCAUCGCAGUCUGCCGACUCAGAUAAAACGGACUGGAAUUCCGAUACGGCUACUCUAUCAGGAAAAGAGGAUUCUCUCCUCGCUACUGCUCUCCCAGCUGUCACCGCUACAACGGGCUAUCGACGCGUGCCUACCUGUGAGGCUCGUCCUCUCGGACCCUACGUUGCCCCUCCUCCCAACGCUGAUCAGAUCCUAGCCGCAUAUAAUGCUCCACCGCCUACCACGACGAACCGUCCAGUUGUCCGACACCGUUUUGACCAAUUUUCAGAAAACGCACUUGCUCUUGCCCCAUCGUCACCGCUACAGGUCGCCGGACAAGCAUUCUUCAUCACUAAUGGUGAACCUGUCUACUUCUGGGACUUCAUGCGUCUUAUUUGGCUCCAACUCGACCCACCCGGCUCUAAGCGCGCUGAUCAUAGAAUAUAUGUUAUUCCUCGUGCGUUUGGGAUGGUUCUUGGGUAUCUAGCAGAAACUUGGGCCUCGGUAAUUGGGAAAGAAGCUGGGUUUACUAGAUACCGGGUCGGCUAUAGUUGUGCAACGCGAUACCACAACAUUGAGAAGGCAAGGAGAGUACUCGGAUAUGAACCCCAGGUCGGUUUGGAAGAGGGCGUGAGGAGAAUGGUCGAGUCAUUCAAAGCAGAAAAUCGCCUAUCAUGAAGGCACAUAUUUUUUUGUUAUAGUACCAUUAUCUGCAUUUAAUUGCCUAUAUACCUUUUUCAAAUGAACUCCCUACGCAAACCGCACGAGAACAAUCGCCCAAUAUCAAAUCUGAGAGCAAGAAGAGCAAUGAGACUAGUCAAACUGAAAAUACUACUAUAAAUACAAUAAGUAUAUCAUGGCGAAACGCCGUCCAUAUUGAAGAAAUCAAGUGGGAGAACAGGAACAGGAAUAGGAGUGGUCUUGCGCUUAGGGUGAUAGAGUGGUUGACAGACUCGCUUUAUCCACCGAUUCCUAGAAAAAAGAAGUCAUUAGCUGCGAAUCUGGGAUAAUCAUUCGUGAUCCUCACAGGAGGGAGCAUAGAAUCCUACGUAACAAAACUAGGUUCAAAUUCGAAGUUCAAAUAUAUAGAGUAGUUGACUUACCGAGUUUCUAUCUUCAUCGUAGCCUCGUUUG